GCGGCGGCGGCGGCGGCGGCGCUACGCGAGGGCGGGGACCGGCCGCGGCCUGCUGGCGGCCGCCAUGGCGGCGGAGGUGAAGGCCAAGCUCUCCAAGAACCUGCUGCGCAUGAAGUUCAUGCAGAGAGGCUUGGAUUCACAAACUAAAAAACAACUAGAAGAGGAAGAAAAGAAGAUAAUUAGUGAAGAACACUGGUUUCUCGAUUUACCAGAUCUUAAGGAGAAAGAGAGCUUUAUAAUAGAAGAAAGGAGCUUUAUGCCAUGUGAGGAUCUACUUUAUGGCAGAAUGUCCUUUAAAGGAUUCAAUCCGGAAAUUGAGAAGUUAAUGGUACAAAUGAACUCUAAGUCCAAGAAAGAAGAAAUUGAAGUGGAUGAUAAGAUGGAGGCGGAUGUGUCAGAUGAAGAAAUGGCCAGAAGAUACCAAACAUUAGUAGGAACAAUAGGGAAGAAAUUCUUGAAAAAGAGAGACCAGCGUGUACUCGAGGAUGAAGAUGAAGAUGAGAAUAGUAACACAAGACCUAGCAAAACUAAGAAAAUGUUCUUAAAACCCCAGGAUUAAUGUGAACUGCACAACUGGAGUUAAGAGAAAUGUUACCUACCAAAUACAGUACCAUGAACUGGAGAUUGCUUGGAUUUUUUGCUAUGUAAUGUAAAUCUGAGUCUGUUCUCAUUGAAAUUUCUGCUGUCCACAUGACAAAACACUUUUUCAAAGUGGAUGUGUAUAGUGGAUGUCAUACAUCCUUUCCUCUCUGAGUAACUUUUAGUGAGUAUGGGGCAUUAAGCCCAUUAGCCAUUUUUAAUGUUGUACAAGAAUAGGAUAUGUCAUGUGCUACUGAGAGCAACAGUAUUUACAUUUUAUGAUCAUAUCUGAAAAAAGCAUGUUGAGUAAAGAUGAGCUUUUUCCAAUCUGGUAAGGCAAUUCAACUUUUACUGCUUUUUGUUUUAUUAUGCAGUGAAAACCUUUGCACUCAUCAAAAGGGGAAAAAAACAGGAACUUUUUUUACUAUUCUAAAAAUAAACUGGGAAAAGAAGAGAGAUAAAAUCCUUUUUGUUGAAUUUUAUUUUUUUUAUCAAGCUUAUUUAAAAAUAGAGGGUUUGGUAGCAAUACCUUUUUUUCCUAGAGCAUGCCAAGUGUUGGGCAGCAUUUACAGUUUGACACUUGACCAGAUUGAGUCUUAAUUUGUCUUCCAAAAGAAGUUUGCUAAUCUUGUCUUUUUUUCCAGCCAAAAAAAAUCCAAUCUUACAAUUAUCUAGGUCUUGUCAUAGGAGCAUAAUAACUGCUUCAGAAACAUGUGUGAAAGCUGAAUAAAAACUGAUUCUUUGUGGUUAA